AUGGACCGCUCUCGUUCAUUCUCGCGGCCAAGCACUGGCAACCGCAAGCCAAGAUCACCAUCUCCCCCUGCCACCAGAGGCAGAGCUACUUCUCGCCCUCGUCCUGUGUCCUUCCAUCCUGGCACCCGUGGUGUUUCUCGUUCAAGGUCAGGAGUGAGAAGAUCGUCAGAAUCAAGCUCUCGCUCGUCCUCUUACUCUCCCACUCGCCGUCACAGCCACAGCCACCAUCGCCAACACGACAGUCAACAUGGCAGCCAGCACAAGAGCAGCCACGGCCAGUCUCAUAAAUCAUCCCACAGCCAGGAGCAUCACCACGGCCUCUUCAAAACUUCAGCCGGUCUCAUAGCCGGCAUCGGCCUCGCCACCGUCCUCGCCCACAAAGUUUGGCCCAAGGGCGUUCUCUACGGCGACGCUGAAGAGUGGGAAUCCCGUCCUCACCCGAAACACCGCCACUCGGACCGUCACGAGCACCACCACCGUCAUCGCCGUGCCUCGGAUGCCGAACGUGCUAUUGACCGCGCCAGACGUCACGGCGGCGAUGUCGUCUACUACGAAGAGAUCGGCCCCUUCCCAGGCCGGAGACGCUCCGCGGCUCUUCAGAGUUACGAGAGACUAUCCCCCGCUGAAGAGGAGAGGAUACGCCGGAUGUCCCGGGACGAGCACCCCCGUGUGGGACGUCUGCCCUAUCCCGAUGAACCCUACCCCGGCCAGAGCUUCUACGAACCCGAGCGCAGGAGACAUUCUGUAGCUCAACCAGUUGCUGUUCCCCGCUGA